ACGAUAGUCCUUCCACCACGUCGACCUGUAUGUCCUUGGCGUCGCAAGUGCGUUUACCAUGCUUUACUAUCGUCCCACCUGCAGUCUCCCGAGGUUGCGGGGUCCGACCAUGAGUGGCGGCGAUAGCGGCCAGGCGGUCCGGGACCGUCGCCUCGUGUUGGACGUGGACUGCGGCGUGGACGAUGCGCUCGCGCUGAUGCUGGCACUGAGCCUACACUCGACCGUCGAGGCCGUCACCUGCGUCGCCGGAAACACCACCGUGCAAAACGUGGUGAAGAACGUGCGCCGGGUGCUCGCCGUGUGCGGCCGAAAAGAGAUCCCGGUGUACCGUGGUUGCGAACAGCCGUUGAGCCAGCCACUGCAGCUUGCCGACGAGUACCACGGCUGCGACGGUCUCGGAGGCGUCGCGGACCAGUUUCCAUGCAGUGACGACGAAGGGGACGAGGAGGACGACGACGGCAGCGUGGAUGGAAGGCCCAUGCACGCCGCCGAGAGGCUCAUUGAAAUGGCACGGCGUGACCCGGGUCAGAUCACCCUGCUGCUGCUGGGACCGCUGACAAACGCGGCUCUGGCGCUGAUGCUGGACCCUCGGUUCGGGGCCAACCUCAAGGAGAUAUUCAUACUUGGGGGAAAUGUGGAAGGUCGCGGUAACGUACUUCCGGGGGCAGAGUACAACUUCAAGACGGACCCGGAGGCAGCCAACGUAGUGCUCACGAGGGCCCAGUGCCCCAUCACCAUCGUUCCGUGGGAGGCGGUGGUCAAGUCGCCGAUACCGUGGGAGGUGUACUCCAUGAUGACGCGGCAGGACACGGCCAAGUCUCGCUUCGUGCGCGCCAUCACGCGCUUCAGCCUCGGGUACUACGACAACUCCGCCUCCAAAGGUUACGAGGUGGGAGACGCCCUGGUCGUGGCUGCGGUGCUGGCACCGGACUCCGUCGCCUCGGCGUUGGAAGAGCGCCGCGUGGCCGUCGAGCUUAGCGGAAUGCACACCAGGGGCCAGCUGGUGCACGCGUGGACGCCGGACUUGCUGCCCGAUGUGAAGCGAACAGUGCGUGUGGUGGCGACCUUCAACAAGGAGCGCGUCUCCGAACUGCUCAUGCGAAUGGUCGUCUGACCCCGGCCGCUGUCCUAUACCGGGUGCUUGAGCGAACACUUUCAAAAAUUUUUAAAGGUUGCCUGUGGCAGAUAGCACAAUUCCAGUUCAUGAGCUGGUCUACUCGAAGAGGCGUACACUACUUGCACAAAAAAUUGAAAUGCAUAAUCGACUAUAAUUUUAAAAAAUUCACCAAUUAAGUUUUUAACUAAUUACUGUAUGGCCCAUAUUCUAAUUUACAAAUUAUAAUCGUAGAGUUCGCAAAGCGAUGGAUCCACUUGGAACGAAUUCUCAGGAUGACAUCAGUUUCGAGAUAUUAUUUCCCGAACUUUGCGGAGUAAAGCAUUGGCGUUCCAGUUGCUUUCUUAACAAAACGUCGUUUUAUGCAUUGAAGCACAAAAGUAACUGGAACGCCAAUGCAUUUCUCCGCAAAGUUCGGGAAUUAUUAUCUUGAAACUGGUGUCAUCCUGAGAAUUCGUUCCAAGUGGAUCCGCUUUGCGAUCUCCAUGUGCACGGCUAGAAUUUGUACAUUGCAAUAUGGGCCAUAAGGUAAUUAGUCAAAAGCCUAAUUAGCGAAUUAUUUUUAAUUAGUCGAGUAUGCAUUUCAAUUUUUUGUGCAAGUAAUCUCCUCCUCUUCGAGUAGAACAGCUCAUGAACUAGAAUUGUGCUAUCUGCCACAGGCAACCUUUAAAUAUAAGGGUUUGCUGAAAUACUGGGAAUGUGCUGCGCAGACUUCGUUCUAUAGUGAGAACUUAUGCCAAUAUCAAGGCGCUGCUGACAGCAAGUUCUCGUGUGGCAAUUUUUUUUCUUCGGAUUGCUGUCGCCCCUUCUGGGACAACGGCAAGCCUGAGUAGAAUACCUUGACCCGCCGUGGUGGCGACACUGUAGCGUAUACUCCUGCUGAGCUUGAGGUCGGGGGUUCGAUUACCGACCGCAGCGGCUGCAUUUUGAUGGCGCGAAAUUCAAAAAACGCUCCUGCACUUAGAUUGUUAAACAACGCCACGGCGGUGGCAAUUAAUCCGGAACCGCGUCCAUUACGACGUCUCUCAUAUAGUCUCAGUGGCACUUUGGGAAGAGAGAGAAGUAACUUUUAUUUUCGUGCCAGUCAUGAAUCCCUCGAAUCAAGAGAGUACCACGUAUAAUCGUGUAUUCGUCGCUUUCUGCAGCCUUAUAGGAUUUUCGCAUUUAUUUCCACCAGCAAGAAACUCUGGUGUGACGUGACUGGU